AUUCAGUAGAAGCAGGAGAGAAGGUUGUGAAGACAGCACUGGACGCUUUUGGAAGAAUAGAUGUUGUGGUCAACAAUGCUGGAAUUCUGAGGGAUGGUUCUUUUGCUAGAAUAAGUGAUGAAGACUGGGAUAUAAUCCAUAGAGUCCAUUUACGAGGCUCAUUCCAAGUGACCCGGGCGGCUUGGGAUCAUAUGAAGAAACAGAAGUUUGGGAGGAUUAUUAUGACUUCAUCAGCUUCAGGAAUAUACGGCAACUUUGGCCAGGCCAAUUAUAGUGCUGCGAAGCUGGGUCUUCUGGGCCUUUCAAACACUAUUGCACUUGAAGGCAAGAAAAGCAACAUUCACUGUAACACUAUUGCCCCUACAGCUGGAUCCCGGAUGACCCAGACAGUUAUGCCUGAAGAUCUCCUGGAAACUUUGAAGCCUGAUUACGUGGCGCCCUUGGUCCUUUGGCUUUGCCAUGAGAGCUGUGAGGAAAACGGUGGCUUGUUUGAGGUUGGAGGAGGAUGGAUUGGAAAAUUACGCUGGGAGCGGUCCCUUGGAGCCAUCGUAAGACAGAAGAAUCAACCCAUGACCCCCGAGGGGGUGAAGGCUAAUUGGAAGAAGAUCUGUGACUUUGAGAAUGCCACCAAGCCCCAGAGAAUUCAAGAAUCAGUUGGCAGUAUAAUUGGAGUUAUAAGUAAAAUCGAUUCAGAUGGAGGAGUUUCGACAAAUCAUAUGAGUCACGCAGCAUCGACAGCACCAUCAGGAUUUGCUGGAGCCAUUGGCUAUAAAUUCCCUCCAUUUUCUUCUGCUUACACGGAGCUGGAAACUAUUAUGUAUGCCCUUGGCGUGGGAGCAUCGGUGAAGGAGCCAAAAGAUAUGAAAUUUAUAUACGAAGGAAGCUCUGACUUCUCCUGUUUGCCUACAUUUGGAGUUAUCGUAGCUCAGAAACCUUUAGUAGGUGGAGGGUUAGGAGAGGUUCCUGAGCUUCCGGUCAGCUUGGAAAAGGUUCUCCAUGGGGAGCAGUACUUGGAGUUGUAUAAACCACUUCCCAGAUCAGGAAACUUAAAAUGUGAAGCUGUUAUUGCCGAUGUCCUAGAUAAAGGAUCUGGUUUAGUAAUUCUUAUGGAUGUCUAUUCUUAUUUUGAGAAGGAACUUAUAUGUUACAAUCAGUUCUCUCUCUUCCUCGUUGGCUGUGGAGGCAUUGGUGGAAAACGGACGUCAGACAAAGUCAAGGUAGCUGUAGCCGUGCCUAAUAGACCUCCUGAUGCUGUACUUACAGAUGUCACCUCACUUAAUCAGGCUGCUUUGUACCGCCUCAGUGGCGACUGGAAUCCCUUACACAUUGAUCCUAACUUCUCUAGUUUCGCUGGUUUUGACAAGCCCAUAUUACAUGGAUUAUGUACAUUUGGAUUUUCUGCCAGGCAUGUAUUACAGAAGUUUGCAGAUAAUGAUGCGUCAAGAUUCAAGGCAAUUAAGGUUCGUUUUUCAAAACCAGUAUAUCCAGGACAGACUAUAAAAACUGAGAUGUGGAAAGAAGGAAAUAGAAUUCAUUUCCAAACCAAGAUUCAUGAAACCGGAGACAUCGUCAUUUCAAAUGCGUAUGUGGAUCUUGUGCCAGCAUCUGGUAUUUCAGCUAAGACAUCCUCUGCGCGUGAGGAGCUUCAGAGUACCCUGGUGUUUGAGGAAAUAGGUCGCCGCCUUGGGGAUAUCGGGCGUGAGGUGGUGAAGAAAGUGGAUGCUGUAUUUGAGUGGCACAUCACUAAAGAUGGAAACACUGCAGCCAAGUGGACUAUUGACCUAAAAAAUGGUUCUGGAAAAGUCUAUCAAGGCCCUGCAGUAGGCUCUGCAGAUACGACCUUCACACUUUCAGACGAAGAUUUCAUGGAGGUAGUCCUGGGCAAGCUUGACCCUCAGAAGGCAUUCUUCAGUGGCAGACUGAAGGCCAGAGGGAACAUCUUGCUGAGCCAGAAGCUUCAGAUGAUUCUUAAAGACUAUGCCAAGCUGUGA